AUGGCAAUAAAUUCAAAGGCCAUUCCAAGACGUGAUGAUGAAUUUAGUCAAGAAUUGAGACUUUGUUUACAACUAAUUUGUGAAAAGUCGAACAACGCGGCAAAUUACGAUUUAUUACUUUGUGAAAUUUGUGUUCACGCUUUUCCGGUAUUGUAUAAAGUUGUCAACAACGACAGGUCGUCUCAUGAGAAAGCAAAAUCAUUUGCAUAA